AUGGCCGUCAUUGAAGCCAUCCAAGAGUCGACAUGCUCUCAGCCGCAACCUUUGAGCACGAGCCGAGCACCGCUGCCCAAACCACCUCCUCGAUCAGGCGAUUUUAGCUAUGCGCAACCCUCGGAUGGCGCGCCUCGCGAUCUGGAAUCCACACUGAAAUCGUGGGAUUCCGUUCCGCUCUUCAUGAAGGACCUUGGCUCUGGCUCUUCGGAAGCGGCCAACGAUACUGCUCUGGAAGCUUUGCAGUCGCUUGCGUUUGACGGAUCGCCCGACGAGGUAGCAUCCAACUUCAAGUCGCAAGCCAACGACUACUUCAAGGCGAAACGGUACCGUGAAGCAUUGGGUUUCUACACGCAAGCCAUCGAUGCCAACCCCGCCGACCAAACGUUGCUCGAGACGCUGCAUGCUAACCGUGCAGCGUGCCAUCUGGAACUGCAGAACUACGGCGCUACAUUGAGAGAUACGAGCAAAGUGCUCGGAUUGAACGCCAACAACGAAAAGGCCUACUACCGAGCCAUCAAGGCGUUACUGGCGUUGGAUCGAUACCAAGAUGCGAUCGAAUGUGCCAAGCUAGGCUUGAAAGUCAACGCGGCGAAUUCGGCUAUCGCUUCGCUCAAGCUGCAAGCCGAGCAGAAGCACAAGCUUGCUCAGACGAGGCAAGAGGAAAACGCCGAGAGGAAGCGAAGGCAAGAUCUGCUAUCCAAGGCUCUGCAGAACGCAUUCUUGGUUCGAGGCUUGUGGUUAGAAACAACGCCUCGACCACCAGACAAUCCGCAAGCUGCGCACUUUGAUGUGCAGUCUCUACGCGGUACAGCUUCGGAUCCCGAGAUGCCCUUGACAACAGCCAAGGCCAAGAGCUGGACACCACCGGAUGUGAUUCGCACACCACUCGUGCUUCCGGUCUUCUUCAUCUACCCGCAAUAUGCACAGAGCGACUUGAUCACCGACUACCACGAAGAUACGCCGUUGUCGAGCUACCUCUCCACCAUGUUCCCCACCGAAGCGCGCGGCUCGCUGCGCUGGGAUGUGAACGCGGAAUACUACGACACCAACCUGCAAGUCUACGCCACCACGCGAAAGCACAGGCUGCUCAAGCUGGGCCGCAAGCUCUGCUUGCGAGAGAUUAUGGACCAAGCUUUCCAACAGGCCGAUCCUGCUAAAGGCGAGCACGCGGUCCGCGAUAGAGACGGCCUCAUCAUGCGCGACGGCAUCCUCAGCUUGGUCGUGCUUCCCAAAGGCAACGCCGAGCAGGCGUGGGUGCAAAAGUUCAAGGCCGACAGACAAACUAUUCUGAACAAGUAG